GAGUCCGUCGUUCUGCGCCCUUCCGCUCAGUCUUCGCCUUUUCCACGAGUCUAUAGUGCACCGGGGCAAUUAGUUUGCAGGUGUGAUUCCCGGCGGCGAGCCGUCAUUGGUAACAUCGCUGCAGUGCAAGCGAUCAACCGUGUGCGUAGCGCCGGUUCUUGCUGCCAGCGCACUGUCGCGAGCCAUUCCUUGCCGUGUCGAAGCUGUACGCGGCUUGCGCACUGGGCAUAGACAAGGAGCGUCGUCGACCUGCCACCAUGCGCGAAGGGAAACCAGAGAAAGACAGCUUCGCCCGCAACGUCCACCAACCUUCCUGCAGUGCUUCGGCCUCGACCAGCGCUGUUAGUCAACAAGCACCUUUCAGCAACUCGAAAGGCGCAGCACCGCCAAGCCAUCCGCUCACUGGGGUCUCGUUGGGCACGAGCGCUCCGACAAACGGCACAGCUCCAGCCACUGACCUGGUCAGCGCUCCACCGAAUCGUCCAGAAGGCUUGCUUCCUGCAUUGCCGAGCGCGAAGUCCUCCAUGGGCACGGACCAGGCAGCCGCGCCCCCCAAGGCUGCGAGCCUGAGCCGGCGACGUCACGGUGGCCGCAAGGUGCGACAGAGUGGCAGGAUUGAACGCUCCGCUGCCAUUCCCUCAUCGUUGGUGGAUACUUCGGGUAAGGCCAUGGACCACGGGCUCGGAGGUACCGGUACCGUCUCGCCGUCGCCGCGUCCCUCUGAGACCGCGGAGAACUUGCCGCACCACGGUAAACAGGACGCCCCUGAACCAAACACUCCAGGAGCUACUGGAGCGCGGGUGGAAGGAGGUCCCCACUCCUCGCAUUCGCCGGCGAGACUGAGUGAUACCAAAGGCAGGAACCGCAAGCGAUCAUCACCAGAAGCGGGUGCCGAAAAGUUCGGGGCCAGCCGUAAGAAACGUGGAACCACGAAUCCACAGGAACGAACGGAUGCAGAUAGUGCCGCCAAGCAGGCGCACUCAUUGGCUGAGCCGAGCAACAGAGCGAAGAGAGUGCGGAAAAAAUGCGCUGCCGCCGCUGCCUCGGAGACCGCUCCCCACAAUGCCGGUGCCGCCACGCCGGAUACGAUGGCGCUGUACGACCAGUUGGCCGUAGCCCUCAAGGCCGAAGAGGUUGUCAUGUGCCCCUUGGAACCAGACAGCGUAGGUUUCGACGAACCGACCGGCGCUGUAGGUCCCAAGGCCCUCACGACCGGCGUCCUCAGCCAGUUGGACGCCACCUUGGAAGCCAGGUCCUUGGUAGUGAGUCACGGAUUUCCCGAUGUCGAGAAGAGAAUCCAACAGGCCUUGAUCGCUGCCGGAACUUUCAUCGCCAUCGCCGUGGUUGCUGCGGUAUUAUUGCUUCCCAGGAAACGCCAACCUCAGCGCGUCGAGGAGCUCUGCCGCACAGAAGACUGCCAGCAGCACGCUAGCUUGCUGUUGCGCAAUAUUAACACGAGCAUCGACCCUUGCGAUGACCUGUACGGCCACGUGUGUUCCCGUUGGUUACCGGACAGCAGGUACCGUGACUACGUGAAGUCCACGUUGGAUGAGCUAAGAUUCGCGUGGUACAAGGAGUUCAACACAAGCCUCUACCGCGGGACGUUGGCACUGCCUGUCGGGAUGAAAGCCCGCGCCAUGUACGACUCCUGCAUGGGCACCGAAUCGCAGUACGGAGAGUCGGUGGCACAAUUCCUCGAGGUGCUACAGCAGUAUGGGCUACGCUGGCCAGGACCCCCACUUCCCAACGUAAACGCUCUCGGCGUACUCAUCGCCCUCGACGUCGACUUGCAGGCCGCUUUCUGGUUUACAGUGACAACAUGGAAACUAGGCAGCACACGUGUAAUUGCACUCUCGUAUGUUCCCUCCAUCUCGCUGCUCCUGCGACACCACCAGAGCGUCAGCUCGAGUGGAAAGUACGCUAGGUACUGGAAGGACUUUGAGACUGUGUUUCUUAACGACUCCGUGCCUCCUACUAGCGAUGCCGAAAUUGAGAGGGCUGCUCGUAUUGAAGCCGACAUAUUAAAGCGCUUGGUGAACGCCUCCGAGGCCCAGCCGAAGUCUGCUGCCGAGUUUAAGGUUGGGGCCAUCGACCGCUAUACGAAACCACUUUCAUCCGAGGAAUGGAUAAUGCAGCUCAACGCCAAGAUGAACCUGGGCUCAGUGAUCACUAGCAGUGACGAAAUGAUCUCUGGCGACAUCGGCUACUUGAAAGAAAUCGGCAGGAUUUUUGCCACCUACAGCAACGAGGAGCUGCUCACUCAUUUGGCAUGGCAUGUUGUUCAGGAGUACGCAGUUGUUUCCAGCUAUCGGUUCCUCCGUGCACGAUUCGGUAGCGUGGAGGCUAUUGAGUCCCACCGUCCCAUUUUCUGCGGCACCAACGUCGAAGUGUCGUACAAGGCGCUCGUUCUAGCCCUGCACAUCGCCUCGAAAUUCCAGGCCGAGGAGCGUGACCGCGUGAUGGAAGCCUUCGAGAGCCUCAAGUUGACCUUGUCCGCUCAACUCAAUGCCUCGAGUUGGAUCGAUAUGGCCAGCAAGAAACUGCUCGGCAAGAAGGCAUCACUUCUCGACAACCGUCUGUGGCCUCUUCCAAAGUUCCUCGAUAAAGACGCGCUCGAGGCUAUUUAUUUCGACUUUCCGUAUAACGAGCCGUCUUUUGGCGAAUAUUGGGUAAAUACGCGGCGGUUACUUCGCAAGGUCCGGCAGAGGGUAUCCGAUUACGAGCACGUCCUCGAGCUGCCCGAUAACAGCUCACCUGAAUACUUCAGCUUCAAUUACAUGCAGAACAGUCUCGGCACAGCACUUGGAGGGGUUGCGAGACCACUAUUUUACCCGAGCGGAACGAUGGCGAUGUUGUAUGGCGGACUCGGGUUCUCCAUGGCGCUCCAGAUGGUGAAGACGUUGGAUAGUGAAGGUCUCAGGUGGAGACCUUCCCGUGGCCUCGGAUACUCAAUAAUGUCCAAGUCUACAAUGACCACUUACCGUGCAAAGGAGAGCUGCCUCAAGAAAAAUGGCUUUCCAAGCAUAUUCCCAGAAAUACCGGCUCUAGACGUUGCCUACGUGGCCUACCAGAAAGCAAACAAGCACGAUCGGUGGAUUGACAGAAAUCUCUCCAAUGACAAGGUUUUCUUUCUGACACUGUGCUACAUGACUUGCACGUCACGUGAGCAGAGGCGCACGUCUUCGGCAGACUGCAACAAAGCGGUGCGGGGCCAUCGUGCUUUCGCCAAAGCGUUCUCUUGCCCGAAAGAUUCGGCGAUGUAUGUCGAGAAAAGGUGCAGCUUCCUUUCCUGAUUCGCCACAUUCAAAGACCUCGCAUCUGCUCGGGCUUACUUGUCCAACUUGAGCUGCAAUGAAACUCUCCAAUUGCGGUGUACACAGUUGAGUUUGUUGCGACCAUUUUGCACAUAUGACUCUCAAAGCGAGGAGACGCAGUGAUGUUUCGUCAAGUAGUGCAGAUUUAAUUUGUUUGCUUGUUUCGCUGAAUGUUUACCGUUGAAUGUCGAUUUAUUGCGCGAACUCAUUCAAAGUUAUAAAUAUUAUUUUUCUAGUGGUC